AAGACCAAUUUCUGCUCAACAAGUCCAGAGUAUCCACUUCAUCGGUGCUUCUGACGCAAGAUAUCUCUAUCUCUAUCCUCAAUGUAGCUUUGCCUGCACCCACAACAAUGCGAGGGAUAAUCAAGCUUUUCUUCCUAUCCUGUUCCUUCGUUUCGCUGGUCAGCAGCGAGAAGACUGAUGAGCUGCCGACCGCGAUCUCUGAUCACUCUGUGCCGAAAGCGACAGCAACCAUUGACCCUAGUGUAUUCGUUCUUUCGAAUGACUUUGAAAUAACAGAUGUCCCGACGAUGAGAGAGUAUACCUUCAAUCUUACCAAAGCUUUGGCCAGCCCUGACGGUUAUGAACGGGAGGUUUACGUUGUCAACAACAUGCUCCCUGGUCCUGUGAUAGAGGCUAACACCGGCGAUACUAUUAUCGUACAUGUCAACAAUCAUCUGCCUGAAGGACAAGGUAUCCACUGGCAUGGUUUGCGACAGAAUGGCACGGCUCUCAUGGACGGUGUUCCUGGUAUAACUCAGUGUUCUAUUCCGCCUGGAGGCUCAUUCACCUACAAUUUCACCGUAAGCCAUCAAUCCGGCACGUUUUGGUGGCACUCCCAUUACUCCAAUUCCAUGGCCGACGGCAUUUGGGGACCCCUAAUUGUGCACUCGGCCAAUGAAUCCCUUCAGAGGGGACGAGACUAUGAUGAGGACCGAAUCGUUUUUAUAACUGACUGGAUGCAUGAUAACUCAGAAGUUAUCGUUGCAGCUCUAAUCUCUCCAGAAGGGUACAGAGGAAGCACUGUUCCUCCACAAGGUGAUGCGAUUCUCAUCAACGGCCGUGGCCAAACCAACUGCACAGCUACUGGUUCCUCGUCAUGCUUCUAUCCCCCACCUCCGGAGAUCCAAGUGCCCGUCGACCGCAGGGUUCGUCUGCGCAUGAUCAGCGCUUCCUCUCACGCCAUGUAUCGCGUCUCUAUCGAUAACCAUUCCAUGGAAAUUGUCGAGACGGAUGGUACUGCUGUUUACGGACCUACGAUCCAUGAGAUGUCUAUCUCGUCUGGAGAACGAUACUCUGCAAUUAUCAAUACUACUGAAGGAAAAGAAGGGGAUGCGUUCUGGCUGAGAACAAGCGUUGCUCUGGCCUGUAUGUCGCAAGGGUCUACUCAAGUGGGAUUGGCGGUGUUGAGAUAUACGGGUAAUGGCAAUAUUACUACUGCUGAGCCUCGGACUGAAGCUUGGACUGAUUUAGCGAGGCAUGAUACUCCUUGUGUUGGGCUUGACGAAAUGUAUGCUCUUUCGCCACGAGAGCCUCUGAACGCGUCCAAAACAGCUUUGCAAAGUCGUGUCCUCAAUAGCAAGCUGGGUACCUUCGUGGACGUCUAUGGUACCUCCUUCGAAGGUUACGGAUUCAAUAAUGUAACAUACCAGAACCAGAUAAACGACCCUUUACUUUCCAUCGUCCAGCGUGGUGGCUCUUGCAACCACUCAUUAAUAACCAACGCAACUUUUCCAGAUAUCGGUGCAGGUAACAUCAUCAUCAACAACUUAGAUGCCCAAAUUGGUCAUCCUUAUCACAUUCAUGGCAACGAGUUCCAGGUGAUAGCACGAGGCUUUGGAGCUCUCACUCUUGAUGACCUGUCAAACAUUGAUUUUAUUUUGGACAAUCCUCUGAGGAAGGAUACAAUUUGGAUGCAGGGUGGAAGCUGGUUGGUAUUGAGGAUCAUAACAGAUAAUCCCGGAGUGUGGGCCUGCCAUUGUCAUAUCGGAUGGCACCUUGCCAAAGGAAAGAUGGCUGUAGUCGUUGUCCAGCCAAAAGCGAUAGAAGAUAUCCAAUGGUCUGAGUCUUGGACGAAUCUCUGUGCUAACACUGAUCCCAAUGCAUUUGGUCCAGCACGGCGUUCAUUUCCAUGACCCCUCGAUGUAGUACUCUACGACAGUUCAUGUACCGUAGUCUUGGUUCGAGAAUGUCUGGACAUCUUAUGUAUGCGUUGGUUUGCAUUGGUAUUGACCAUUGAGAACGUUGUACCACUAUGUAACCCCUGAGUGAAUGACGUCAACAAACACCCCUCCCCUUCCCCUUCUCCUCCCCUGGCGAACUCAUUUAUCGCCUCUGUAUCAAAGCUUUCAUCUCGACCCACUUUCAACCCGAUACCUCCUCCCCUAACAACUCCGCGCCAAGCCACCUGGAGAGGUAAGAACCAAUUGAGGCUUACAGGGAGGGUUUUGGUCGUUCUUGUAAGGAUACAGAAAAACGGGGGUAGGAGGAAGAGAAGGAGAAGGACGAGAGGAGGAAGAAAGGGAAGUAAUUUUGGGGCGCUGAGAGGAGAGAGAGGGAGGGAAGAAGGAGAGAAAAAGAGUAGGAGGACCGUGCGAGGAGGCGUUAGGGAGGAUAGAGGUCCGAAUGGAGGAUACAGAGAAAGUGUGAGAAAGAUGAGUCAGCUCGUAAGCCGAGAAAGAUAAGUGUAAAAGGCGUAGCCUUUCGAGUAGAUAAAAUGCAUAGCUCUAAGCA